UAAGUCCGCUGGUGAUGCAGACUUGCUCAGGAAGCGUGGAAGAGCCCUUUCACUGACAGUUUCAUGGUCAAUGUAAGUACCUGAGUAUCAAGACUUGCGUUCCAUUCAGAAGGGUAACCAAUACGUUGUCCAGGAAGUACUUUAUCCUUCGGGGAAUGUGCAGUGUGUCGUGUUUGACAUGGUGUCGGUUUGGGUCAACCUGUGAAGGCUACUCAGUGUUUGCUACACCAAAAUGAUGCAACAGCCUUUGCUCAUCAGAAAGAUCAGAAAACUGAAGAUGAGGUUCCUUCAAACUUCAAAGUGCCACAGACACGCAAAUCCCACUGCCGUUGCAAUUGUGUAGCACUGCUCGCCGCUACUACCUACAUGCCAUUUUGGAUCUCCCCGAAGCACCUGUGGGAGUUCUUGGCCGGAGUGAUGACCAAGGCCGAUGAAGCCAGGAACGGAUGGUUAUCUAUGUCGCCGUGGCCUAGGCUGCAGGUCUGGGGCCCUGCGAUGGCGAUCUUUGCAGUGCUCGCAGCGGUGGCCGUGACACCAUCAUGGCCUGUUUGGUUUUGGUACCAUCCAGCCGCCAUGUUACUAGGUUAUGUUGUCCUCAUGGGCAACGCAACCUUGGUGAAAAAGAUUGGUGGCCUGCGAGCAACCAAGAUCCAUGGCUACCUCAUGGGUGCUGCCAGCGUGGCAGCUGCCUUCGGUUGGUAUGUGAUCCAUUCCAACAAGGAGGCGAUGGGAAAGCCACAUAUUACAACCUGGCAUGGACUAUCAGGUUUGAUUUGCUUGCUUUCAACCUUCAGCAUGGCAGUUGCCGGAACGGGACUUCUCGACCCACACAUUGGCAUGAUGAAGACCUCCAAGACAGUUAGAUUCUUUCACCGGAAUGCUGGCAGAAUACUUAUUGGAUCGGCCUUUGCCUGCAGUGCAUUGGGCUGGUCCACGGUCCAGAAGCAAGCCUUGCUGCCGGUGGUUCUGUUCGCAUCGCCCCUGUUGAUGUUCAUGAAGGUCUUACUUUGAGCAGUGCGGCUUGCGAGGGACCUGUACAAAGGGCGGAUGGUGAGACUCACUCAGACACAGCAUUCACUGCACCCUC